AUGUCUCGAUCCUCUGCAAUAGAGCAACCCGGUUCAAGGGCUGCACAAUCCAAGAGUUGCGAAGAGGGGAUGCACUUCAGACUCUUGGAUCUCCCGACCGAGGUUCGACAGCUCAUCUUUCGACUGAUUGUGCCACACAGCUCACGCAUCUUGCUCGAUUUCAGGAACAUUUACCGUCCACUUCCCUAUUGUCCCCGUAUCGACCAUGUCUCCAGAAGUCUUGUCUUGGUCAACAAGGCGAUUUGCCACGAGGUCACAGAACUCAUAUUCUCACUGAACAUUGUCAACAUUAUCCAGACAACCAGGAUGGUGCGUCAACCUUCUGGUCUGGGGAAGAUGAAGCUCGCCUACAUUCGUACUCUCGAGCUACAUACACAGCAACGCAAAAUAUCAGGUUUUGCCGAGGUGCUUGUCCUUGUUAACCACUGUCCUCACUUGAUACAUGCACGACUGGUGCUUUAUCAUACCCCGUUCUGGCCAUCUUUCUACGCCAAAGUAGCUCGCUACGUCGCCUUCUACAAUGAUAAGGUUCAACUCGACCUGGAGCUCUUUACCAGCGUCGUCGGCCGCGUGACGGACAGGCAAGGCCAUCCUCAGAGGCUUGGAACGUAUCUUUCCGAAAGAAUUUGUGAUAACUCUCGAGAUGCCAUUGUAGGGGUUCUGCAACUUCACCAAUCGCUCGCUCACAUCACAGUCACGGCAUCGGUCAUUGCCUCUGCCGCAGGUGACCUACUCGGAUGGCGGGCACCCGAACCUAUCCCUUGGGAAUUCAAGAAGUUGUCUUACCAGCGCGGCGCACCUCAAAUGACUCGUUUGGGCUGGGUGAAGCGUGCUGCAUCGGAUCGAGACACCACACGGGGCGAAGUUACCAAAAAGUGA